UGAGAAAUAUAAAUAAAAUAAUAAUUAAAUAAACGGAAGGAUGUAAGUCCACCGAAAGCACCGCCAUCCAACGACCCGUUUUGAAGCGCGCAUCCCCGGACCUGACGGUGAGGAAGGCGCAGAGGAAGCAUAGGGCUGCAGGAGGAGAAGGAGAGAGAAAAAACAAACAAACAGAGAAAAAAACGCUGCCCUGGAUGGUGUGGGAUGAAGAUGAUGAUGAUGUUCCCUUGCACGCCCCGCUGAUACUCAGGGACUGUGAGACUGGUGGUGGCGGUAAGGAUUAUCCAGGAGACAAGUGGAAGGAAGACAGGGAGGAGGGGGAGGCAAGAGACAAGCAUCAUCCCGGGAGGACGGCAUUGUGAGGGAGACUGUCCGACCAUAACGCGGAACAGUAAGAAAUUCAUUAAAAAACGGAGGGAAAACACUGAAUUAAAACCUGGAUUAGCAUUUUACUUUUUUGCCCUCUUCUUUUUUUCUUUUCUUUCUUUUUUUUUUUUGCAUAUAGACUGUAAUUAUCACCGGAUACUGGCCUUCAGGGAAGAAAGUCAGUUCAUGAUCGUUCCAGAAACGCAUGCAGAUCCAGCAGAUCUGAGUGGGAAUACCAGCUCUCCGCUUGUUAUGCAACUCAAAUCAAUUGCGGCUCUUUAGAAAGUGCCCUAAUAUUUCUUUUCCUGGAGCUUGUGUCUGUGUGGUGUUUUCGAGGGCGGCUGGGAUUACUGAGGCUGCUCGCUCAUUCCGGCGUGUGUGUGUGUGUGAGGGGGGGGGGGUAGGACCAUAUUGGAGGCUUGCUGGUUGGACUCCGCGGAGAGAAGAUGUCGGGGCAGACGCUGACGGACCGCAUCGCCGCGGCUCAGUACAGCCUGACGGGAUCCGAGGUGUGCCGAGCGGUGUGCAAAGCCACCACGCACGAACAGACAGCCCCGAAGAAGAAACACCUGGAGUACCUGAUCCAGGCCACCCAAGAAACCAACGUGAACGUCCCCCAGAUGGCCGACACGCUGAUAGAGAGGGCCGGCAAUGCCAGCUGGGUGGUGGUUUUCAAAGCCCUGAUCACCACACACCACCUUAUGGUGCAUGGCAAUGAGAGAUUCCUCCAGUUCCUGGCAUCUAGAAACACCUUGUUCAACCUCAGCAACUUCCUGGACAGAACUGGCUCCCAUGGCCUCGACAUGUCCACAUUUAUCAGACGCUACAGCCGCUAUCUCAACGAGAAGGCCUUCGCCUACAGACAGAUGUCUUUUGACUUUGGCCGUGUCAAGAAAGGAGCUGAGGGUGUGAUGAGGACCAUGUCAGUAGAGAAGCUGCUGAAAGGAAUGCCUACUCUGCAGAGCCAGAUCGACGCGCUGCUGGAAUUUGAUGUGCAUCCAAAGGAUCUCAACAAUGGAGUGAUAAAUGCCUGCUUUCUCCUACUCUUCAAAGAUCUGAUCAAGUUAUAUGCCUGCUAUAACGACGGCAUCAUCAACCUGUUAGAAAAAUUUUUUCAAAUGAAGAGAAGCCAGUGUAAAGAUGGGCUUGAGAUCUACAAGCGGUUCCUGACAAGAAUGACUCGGGUUUCCGAAUUCUUCAAAAUUGCUGAGGAAGUGGGAAUAGACAAAAAUGACAUACCUGAGCUCACUAAGGCCCCCGAAAGCCUUCUGGCGUCUCUGGAGACCCACCUCAACACUUUGGAGGGGAAGAAACCGUCGCCCACAAAGGAUGCUACUGCUAACAAUAGCAUGCCGGCAGCAGCAGCAGCUGCUGCGCCAGCCAAGCCCGCGCCUCCCGCUGCUGUCGGUGGGCCUCCAGCCCGCCCCGUGCCGCCUGCCAAGCCCCCUCCACCCUCUGUCACUCCCACUGCACCAGUCCCCACCACUGCCAGCAAUGCACUUGAUGAUGGGUUCCUCUUGGAUCUAGAUCCCAUGUCCUCCUCAUCAGCAGGGGGUACUGCAGCGGCUUCCUCCACAACUGGAUGGGGAGAUCUCUUGGCGACUCCGGCCGCUACCGACGGAGCCUCUGAAUCUCUCCUGGCAAAGAAAGAGCCUGCUGAUGCCAAUGCUGCGGCUGCUGCUGCCCCCGUGGCUGCCCCGCCCAUAGCCCCUGCUCGUUCCACCACUGCUGCGGCUGCGCAGGCGCCCACCUCGCUGCCCAUCUCUGCUCCUGCCUCCACCACCUCAGCCGCAGACAUCGACCUUUUCGGAGAUGCGUUUGCACCUUCCCCAGGAGAUGGUCCUGCUGCCGUGGCCGCGGGCCCUGCUGCUGAUGCAUUUGGUGGAUCUGACCCCUUCGCUACGACGGAGGGGAGUGCGGACAUUGCUCCAGAACUGGACCUGUUUGCUAUGAAGCCCGCCGACACGGGGGCGGAUGCUGCUGCCAUUACUCCUCCCACCUCUAGUGAUGCGCCGACUAUCAUCACUCCCAUCGCUGCCCCCACCCCUUCUUCCACUAAUACCACCACCACAACUACUACUGCCACAACCACCACCGACACCACCACAGAGUCUGCAGCUGCCCCGACUCUAGAUCUCUUUGGUGAUAUGUUUGAUUCUAUGCCUGAGCAAAGCCCUACCACUGAAUCCAAAGCUGCUACCACUCCUAGCGUAGACCUUUUUGGUGCAGACCUUCCUGCUGUUUCACGCGGGCCCUCUCCUUUGCCCGAGCCUGCUCCGGCUGGAGACAUUGUGACGGGUGAGUCAAGCUGCUUUACCUUUACUGCAUCACUGUUUCCCUUCCUUUUUUAUGAGGGGUGCAGCCAGACAAGUUUUUGCAUGGUACUCGGGUCUGCGACCUCUACUUCCAAAGGAUGCACGCUUCAAGGAUGUGGAUACACAGUUAAGAUGCAGGGAUGCUUGCUUCCUCCUUCUGCUUCUUCUUCUCUGCAUGUCUGCUUUAGUCUUUUUAGAACAGGCAGAAAAAAAACCCUACAUGAGCAGAGGAGUGUGUCACUGGAACUGAAGCAGUCAUUAAUAAAUACUGAUUUAAUUAAAAUUUUUUUUCUGUUCUGUCCAGAUUCGUUUUCAUCUCCAGCUCCUACCCCUGCCGCUGCCGCUCCCCGGCUCCUGCUUCUGUUCCUGCCGCAGGGACCUCAUCUCCACCUAAAGCAGAGCCAGAGCCUGUCAUUGACCUGUUGGACUCUUUCGGGGGCCCUGUGGAGGAAACGCAGAGUUCUGCUCCUGGAGGGCUUGAAGACGACCUGCUGGGAGGACUAAUGUCCCCCACCCUCACCCCUGCUGCCGCCCCAUCUCUGGCUCCAGCCCUGGCUCCAGCUCUGGUUCAGAAUGACCUCCUGGAGACGGGUUUUGAUGCCUUGGGCCCGCUUCCUUCGCUAGCUCCAC